AUGGAUGUGGCGUGGAAAGGAGGGGGCGUUGCACACUACUGUCUCUAUGUACACAGACACACACACACACACAGCGAGCAUCCCACAUCCUGGUACUUUUCAGCGUUGUCAAGGCAGCCUGAGCACGACUGGCGGAAAGUAGCUGCAGUGUCCUGGCAGAAUAUCUGUGCAAAACCGCCCCCAAAGUGUCCCGGAAAGUUAAGUGCCGCUAAAAGGUAACGGACGUGCAUGUUUUCUGUCGCUCGUGCUUCCGGGCGCGCGGCUUUGCGGCUCGAAUCUGCGCCUGUCCUCGCGGCUUUCACGCGCAGACAGGCGCCAGUCCGCGAGGACCAGAGCAGGAAAAUGUUGUCCAUUGUGCCGCUGAGAGACACAACGAUCCAGGCACCAUUUCCGCUCUAGUGCGACCGCUUUUCCACGGCCGCUCUGCGUGUUUUGCUGUAGGUUGUUCGGCUGAGUGGCCUGGUGGCGUUUGACUGAAACACACUGAGAAUAAAGAAAAAUGGCAGAUAUACUUUGUGAUAGAGAGAGACAGCUUUAAAGGGACAGCGACACGCUGUUUUCUUCCUGCUUUCUGGAGCCGAAGCACUCCCACACACGACGACAAUUUCAUUUAUUUCAUAGUUAUCGCCUGAAAUCUUACACUGAAACUCGCGUUUCACGCGGGAAUCUGCACAGAUGUUGUGACAGAUGAGGUGGGCGUCGUGCACGAAUUUAUUGUCUCCUGACUGGUGCACGAAAUCCUGCUGGAGUGAGUGCUACAGAUCUUAGAGUACGUCAGUGCUCCACUGAGACCACCUUACUCCGUGUACUCUGUGUACUUUCAUCAUGAGGCACACACAUGAUAUCUGCACUCCAAUGUGAUGUCGGAGAGCAUAAGAGGUGCUCAGAAACACGAUGAUGCUGAUGAUGACAGUUAGGAUCCUGGACUGAGGGGCUACCAAGGCCAAUCACUGCUGUUGGAUGAGAACCGAUGGGCUGUCUAACCUGGCAACAGCAUGCCGACUGCAAAAGGUAAAGGUGGCUCGACGUCCCACCGUUACCGGCCGGCCUCGGAGUACGAUGAUGCCACGCUCGCCCUAAAGCGAGAGUACUGGAGAAACAAGAAGCGAGAGCAGCGGGCCCGUCUGUCAGAGGAGAGGGAAAGGCACAAACACAGCAGCAGCAGCCAGGGAGGAAAGCAGCUAAAUGCCCCUGCGGAUGAGGCUUCCACUCUGGCCCAGUCAUCAGGUGCUUUGUCACCUCCUCUGCAGAGUAAUGAUAAUUCAUACAAUUCUGUGUCAAAGCACGGAAAUGCUCUGGGGGAGGGGUCACGUGAAACCACUGACAGCCAAAAGGAGAAGUGGCUCCAGACAGUAAAGCUCAACAAGCGUCUGCCUCAGUUGCCAGCGUCCUGUUCUAUCUCUGCCAAAUCAGCCAGCGGCAACGCAGCCGCAGGUAAACGUCAGACAGCAACCGUUUCCUCACCCGUGUCCAGUGGGACUCAGCUGAACACCGUAUCCUCAGUGCCUCCAGUCAGAGUGACCAGAAUAACCAAUGGCAGCUCCAGUAAAACAGCACCUCAGCCAUGUGUGUCUAUGCAGGGUGCGUCAGUCCCCAGAAACCAACAUAAGGCACAGGUUGUAUUACCCACUCAGCCCAAAGUCUUACCCACGGGUCUCGUUCUCGUGUCCUCUCCGUGCGGCCCCACUUCCACUAAAGCAGAGAGCAAAACAGCCAUCUCAACACCUCAGAGUGGAACAAAGCGUGCCUUGGUCACCACACAGAGGGCUAAAGGUGUCGGUGAUGCACGAGCUUCUCUGGAGUCCGACGAGGAAAGAGCGGCCAAGCGUCGGGAACAGUGGCGGAUCAAAAAGCGAGAGCAGCGAGCGAAGCUUGCAGCUAGGUUAGCUAAAGCCAGAGAGAGGACACAGGGUGCAGAGAUGACGUUUCAGAGGCUAACGGCACCAAAAACCAGACACGUGGGAAGCAUAGUUCUUCCAUCAGAGUCACUUUUGAGAGGAGCAAGCCAGAAGCAGUGUCAUACACGGGUCAAAACACCAUUUACAUCAGCCAAAAGUGAAAACAAUAAGCUGCAAAGUGGGACAGCAACUGUAGUUGUGACUGCUCUGCAAACAUCUGAUGUUCCAUCUGUGAAAAAACCAGUAGACUCUCAGGGAAAGGUUCCAAGUUAUCAUCUUGGCGGUGUUACCCGGGGUAUCGCGAGAUAUAAAACGCCUAGACAAAGGUUCAUCGAAGCACAGAGAAACUUAAUGAACCAUAGAAGUCUACGGUGUAAAUCCCCAAUGCUGCCCUCAGCUUUUGGUAGCAGAAGCAUGCCCAAAAUCAACCCUGACGACACGCCCGAGCAGAUAAUAGCUAAACGGAGAGAGUACUGGCGGCUCAAAAAGCGCGAGCAGCGAGCUAAGCUGUCCAUGGAGGUAAAGGUUCGGUUGAAAGAGAGAGAUUCUUUGAUGAGGAGGGUGAAACGUUACCAGAAGAUCCUCGAGGAGAUGAGGAAGACUCGAGUGCUGGCGCAGUCAACCGGAAGUGCCCUCGCGCACAGCCCGGAGACCAUCGGAGGAUUCAUCAAAGAGGACGGCACGCUGACUGCUAACAUCCCUCACAGUUCUGCAGAUCACAGCGUAGCAGAAGACAAAAGCCAAGCAGAGCUUUGUGUAGUUUCUACAAACACUCCUUUGGCACAACAACAGUGUGAGCCUGACGCUAAACUGAGAAGCGUUGCUCCCAUCAGGAUACACCCGGCUCCCCCUCCUCUUUGCUUAGCUCAGGUGAAAGUCUCUGCUCCUGGACAGCUCGCCAACAAACUGCCGCGACUGCUCGCAGUUAGACCGCAGGCUCACCUCAAAAGCACAACCGUUCCUAAUUUGCACUCGUCAGCUAUCCAAACUGUGGGCCAGCUCACACUUACUCAUCCACAGAGCCCUCAAAAUUCAGCAGGUUCAAACGUUAGCAGCUGUGUUAUGAAAAUGACCAUCUCGAGCAGAGCGCCGUCGCUGUCAGCCUUGUUUCUGGACGCGGGGCUGACGGAGGAGGAGAGGAUGGCAAAGAAGAGGGAGUAUUGGAGGAUAAAGAAGCGUGAGCAGAGAGCAGCUCGCGCUGUCCGAUUGAGACAGGGUGUUUUACAUGCUCGGGCCGGUGCAGCCUUACACAGGAGGAAGCCUCAGAAGCAGGGGCCGCUGAUCACUGUGCCUCAGAGUAGAAAUCUCGCCGACACUACAGCAAACGCACCUCCUCUUUCCAACAGCAGCGUGCUCUUUCUGCCUCGUGCAAACGAAAUGAAACAGGAGAGUGACUCCAUGCCAGCAGCUGACCUAAAUUCUCCACCAGAACAAGCCAUCUGUCCAGAUAUCAAACCCCCUACUUCCCCACCUCCAGCACCCCAGCUGGAGUCUGACCCAUGUCUGAGCGCAGACAGCCAAACUGCCACUCUGCUAGCUGUGGCCUCCAUGAAGAAGCUCCUGGAAGAAUCUCUUAGCACGGUGACAGAAUGUAAAAGCGAGCAGAACUCUAUUAAAAUGGAGACAAUAGAAGAGGUUUCACAGCAAGACAUGAAGCCAAAUUUAUCUCAGCUGUCCUUUGAAAGGGAUGACACGGCUCCGAUUGCUGCUGACCUCACUUUGCAGAUAAAAAGCUGGGAGCUCGACAGCAAGGUCUCUGCAAAGGCCAGUUUACAAAGCCCUCAACUCAAGAACCCAUCGCAGGUGAGUGAGACAGUUCCACCUCUUCCUGCUUCCAGUGAUGUAGGUGUGCAUCACACCAGCGAGCACUCGUCCCAGACCCCUUUGAACUACAUAGUAAACACCUCCAUGGAAGCACCACGCAGAACCCAGAGACUUUGCGCUAAAAAAGCCGGCUAUAAAACCUGCUGCUCUCCAGAGCCACCGAAGCUGCAUCACAUCACAGCCGUGACGCUGGAUGACCUGCAACCACAGCAGCAGGAACAGCAUCAGGCGCAAGAGCAGAACAUCUGCCCCGAAUCGAAGCGGAGGUACAACAGCGUGGUGACGGAGCAGAGCGGCUUGACCAGCUUGCAGAGGAAGAGGGAGUACUGGAAGCUGAUGAAGAGGCAGCAGAGGGCCAAGUUAAAGGCCAGGCAGAGAGACGGCGAGGGGGAGUGCAGCAGCGGGCUCUUCCCCAGAAGCAUUCAGACCCCGGGGCUCGUUAUUAUCAACAGUCUUAAAGGGGCGAGUCCUCCAGCAAAACGAGCCCUCCAGCCCAAACCGCCUGUCUCUCCUCUGGACUCGGUGACCAGCAUCCCUACCGUUCUGGUUGUUAGCCAAACAACAUCUAAUGCUCAACAGUCAGCGUGCACGCUCCAGGUCAGACUGCCUAUCACCAGCAAUGAGUACAGCAGCGUCAAUCUUGGGCCUUCACAUGCUGUAUCCAGCUGUGCAGGAGUUUCUGAAUCUCUACAGCUUUCACGAGCAUCUAGAAGCACUGAUGUAGACUCAGCUCCCGCCCUCCCCGCUGUGAAGCCACCAGACAAACCGCUGUCCAGUACUGACAUGCACCUCGUUGAACCCCUUGGUCAAAGUCCGUUAAAAAUCCCCUCUGCUCACCUUCAGAGUCCCCCACACAAGAAACAAUCCUCCACCCAGCUGGCACCGGUGAGCACCAUGGUUCCUCCAAAGCCCAUCCCGGGGGAAAGUGAGCAGGACUUUCUGAGGAGGAAGCGGGAGUACUGGAGGAUAAAAAAGAAGGAGCAGAGAGCCAGGAAGGCAGUUCGGGAGAAGGGAAUCACCCAAAGCUUCAACAGCUGGAAGACUAGGCUGCCUCCCCGGGGUCUACAGACAGAGGCACCUGGUCAGUGGGUGAACUCUUCUGAGGAGUCAGAACAUCUAAUGAGCUCUUCAGUGGACUCGGCACCCUUCACAUACUCUGAUUACACAGCCCCAAUCGAAGAUGAGUCAGAGCUGCUGUUUGCUGAAAGUGAGGAGGAUUCUGUUUCCGAUGCUGUGUGGAGGAGCCGCUACCUCAUGGACUAUGACCCACUCAACCAGCUGCUGGUGUGCAUGGUGUGUGGGGAACUGCAAUAUUCCCACAGCCUAGAGGGAGUGAAGGCCCACAUUGACGAGGCCCACCCGCACACCCUAACCUUGGAGCCCGGCGAGAAAGAGCAAAUACGGGAGGCCUGGGAUGAGCAGGUGUCCCGGCGGGAACGCUUCUUCAGCAGCCAGCUGCAGCAGCACAGCAGACCUGUGGCAGAACCACACAAGAACUGAAGAGACGGCUGCAGGAGGCAACUGAAGCCCGUGGACCAGGAGAAACAAACCCCGCCUCCUUUCUCUCAUGUGUUUUAGUUCUUAUCAGUGUGUUUACCUCUGCAGGAAGACACCUUGGAAAAGAAGGCCCUAAAGCAGCUUUACCUCAUUUCCUACCAGGGUUGUGUAUGUUUAUCAAAGGCAGCGAGGACAUUUUUAUACUGAAGCUGCCUCAUCUAAGAUUUGCUGUCAGUCCUUCUCCUGUUGUGUUUGUUUUUUGUGCUCCUUUUUUUUCUCUCACCCCCAAUCAGCUGCAGCAAACGGUUGCUCCUGCUUCUCCCAGAAGUUUCCUCCUGUUCAAAAGGAGCUCUUCCUCCUUUUGCUGCUCAUAGGGGAUCAUUGCACUUCUCUGUAAUAUUGUUGCUUCUUACAAUACAGCACCUUGACAUGAGUGUUGGAGUGAAACAUUACUAUUUAAAGAAAACUACAUUUGGGAAAUCUUCACUCUGGGAAGGCUAAGCUAAUAGCAUUCUGGACAUAUCAGUUUAUUAGGCCACUUAAUUUAUUGAUCCAAUCACAGACUUGCACAAAUAUCUUCUUUGAUCACAUGACCUCUGUGGGCGCCAUAAUAAAAUAUAACCUGUGUUUUCCAGCUGGAGCAUACUCAUAGCCAGUUUGUACAUUCCUCCCUCUGCAGGGGUAAACAUUUCAGCAUUCUGGGAAAACACUAAAGGUAUUCCAAGGAAAAACGGGAUAAUAGGUGGUAUGGGGGGUAAAAGAAUGAGUCAUAAAAUUAGCAGCAGUGUCCAGGCUGUGAAUUCCACAGUGGGAAGUGUUUUAGCACCAAAUAUAAAGACUAAUAUUGAUUGUUGGAAAGUAAAAGGCGCAGCCUGCUGGCUGAGCUGCUGAGAGCACAAACUGGGGCUGAACGCACCGUGCUGACGAACACUGUUGCUGAAUAUGUUUGUAUUGGAGGUCUGGGUCACUGCGCUUGUGCAGAGACACACUACCUGUCCACUGAUAAGCAGCCGUGGCUUUUGUCAGUGUGACAUUUAUAGUUGAUUAUACAACAAGUUAAUAUUUAACCCUGGGAUUAGUCGGCUGUAGAGAAACAGCAUCAGCACAACAUUUUCUACGAUCUGGACGCUGAUUGAAUCUGCUAGUGUGCAGAUUUUCCUGCAGGCUUGUAUUCAGGUUAGAGCCUUGAUAGGGGCCUCUGGAACUGAGCUGCAAUUUGCUCCUGCGUCACAUCCUGACGUGUUCCUCCAGGGGCAACUUUUUGUACCGAGACAACUUUCUUAGGGACAGUUUGUCACCUCUGCAAAAAUCUCCUGCAGCGCUGUAAAUAGACUAAUAUAAAGCUGGUUAUGACAUGCCAAAUGUGACUUUUUCUGUGCCGCUCCACAAUAUUUGGAGCAGCCUUGUUAUUUAUUGAGUUUCCUCUUACGCAAGUGAUCGUCGAUGAUGCAUUAUUCAUAUCUGUAGAAAGCGCCAUGUUAGAAAAGAAUUUCAUUUGUGAAUGUUAUCAAUCCAAGGCUUUCCUACUUAAGUAGUACAUGGAUGAAGUGCUCGGGAAUGCUUUUCGAUGAUUUUUCUAUGAUUUUCAUGAAGACUACAACACUGAAAUAUUCUUGUAUUUGAGCACAAAGCUGAGGAGGUGAACAUUGUCUGUGGAAAGAGCUUGUGGUGAUCAGAUCACUCAUGAAAAUCAGACGUGAUUGUCUGCCAGUUUAAAAAGGGAAUGUUUAA